UCUUGGUUGCUUUUUGAAGUACUUCUUCGUACUAGUUUCAUGGACUUUCAUGGCUAGUGCUAUUUCUGAAGCAGACCCGGACCCGACCCGAAUGACUAGUGCCUUGCUCAUAAGGGUUGACCAGUCCGGUAAGGGAGACUUCCGGAAUAUACAGGACGCCAUUAAUGCAGUGCCCUCAAACAACUCGGAGCUUGUGUAUAUUUGGGUGAAGGCUGGGAUAUACAGAGAAAAGAUUGUUGUGCCUGCAGACAAGCCCUUCAUAACGAUAAGUGGAAGAAACGCAGCUGAGACUCUGAUAACAUGGAAGGAGGGAGGGGAGAUCUACGAGUCUCCAACGUUUUCUGUCUUGGCUUCCGAUUUUGUUGCAAGAUUCCUCACCAUCCAGAAUACAAAUGGUGGUAAAGCUGUUGCAUUGUGGGUUGCGGGAGAUAGGGCAGCAUUCUAUGGUUGCAGGAUCAUGUCUAAUCAGGAUACCCUACUUGAUGAUACUGGAAGGCAUUACUACAGAAAUUGUUAUAUACAAGGAGACACUGACUUUAUUUGUGGAAAUGCUGCUUCUCUGUUUGAGAAGUGCCAUCUGCACUCGCUGUCGGACGCAGCCGGAGCUAUCACGGCCCAACGGAGGGAGUCGCCGUCAGAAAACACAGGCUUCAUCUUCUUAGGUUGCAAGAUCACCGGCGUAAAAACUGCCGUACUCCUUGGAAGGCCAUGGGGUCCCUAUUCAAGGGUCGUCUUUGCCUUUACGUACAUGUCAAGUGUAGUGCUGCCCGAGGGUUGGGAUGACUGGGGAUCAGUUUCCAAACAAAAAACGUCAUACUACGGGGAAUACAAGUGUUAUGGAGCAGGAGCUAAUACGUCGAGAAGGGUACAGUGGUCUCACAAUCACAUGACGGUCCAAGAAGCAGCCCCAUUCUUGACAAAGGACUCCAUUGGUGGCAAAACUUGGAUUAGGCCAUCCCCAACCAGUUUCAAGAAAUUCUCUAAUAUUUCUAAUUAG